AUGUCAGUUUCUUCUUCAUCUCCAACUCAUUUUAUAUCAAUUGAUCCUCGUAUUUAUUGUGAAACCAUGAAUGAACUUCAUUCAUACAUCACAAGUUCUAAACGUGGUUAUUUAACACAAGCUGAACUUUUUCGUUAUUAUCGACAACGACAUGAUAAUGCUGAAAUACCUUAUCGUUUAUUAGGCUAUCGAUCAUUACUUGAUUUACUCAGUAGUGAUCAACGUCUAUUUGCAAUUGAUUUACGUCGUGAACCAGCUUAUAUUUAUUCAGCAGUUAAACUUCGACAACAAAAACGAGAACGACGACAAGGUGGUACAAGUUUUUCUCGUCAACAUCAUUCAACAAAUACACUUGAUGAACAACAUGUUAUACCUCCUGAUUAUGUUUUUUUUGAUCAUCAUGUACCAUUAAAUGAACAACAACAACAACAACAGCAGCAGCAAAAUUUUGAAUCGACUGAUGAACAAGAACAGUCGAUUGAGACACAAAAUGAACGUCCAUUAACACCAAAUAAUCGUAAUAGUUGUGAUAACAAUAUUUGGCAUACACCACAAUUAGAUGAACAAAGUUCAUUAAUCGAAAACAAAAUUAAUUCAGAGGAAAGUAACCAAGAAUCAAUUCAAUUUACGUCUAAUCCAUUUUUACUAUUACCAACUGUUCAUCUUUCAUCAGAAAUUGAUGAUACAGCAUCAUUAAUUAAAUGUGAAAAUCAAUAUAAACCAAUCCAACGAAAAAUAAUUUUCCAAGAUGAUCAUAUUCAUGAAAAUAAAUGUCCAAUAAUUCGAAAACUUCAUGAAAAUCUUAAACAAGAAAUUCGUUCAUUAUUAAUUAGUUCACCAAAAACUAAAUAUGGAGGAUUAUCAGGUUCAUUAUUAUAUUCGGAUUAUAAAACAUUAAAUUCUGGUAAAGAAAUACCAUAUGGUGAACUUGGUUUUCAUUCAUUUUUGGCUUUAUUACGUUCAAUGCCUGAUGUUGUUCGAAUUGAAUACAAAGAAAAUAGUCCAUCAUAUCGUGUUCAUCCAGUAUAUGAUGAAACAAUAGCACAUAUUCAAAAAAUGGUACUUGAACAACGUGAUAAAUAUGAAUAUCAAAAUCAAAUAUAUAAUCAAAAUUGGCAUUCAAAUAAAUAUAUAAAACAGAAUAAUUUUAUUCCAUCAAAUUUUUAUAAUAAUGAACAAUUACCAUAUUUACAUAACUCAUUAUCUCGUUAUACGUGGAACAAUUUUGGAGUCAAUGUUUCGGUAUCUAUUAAAUAUACAAUAAAACAUAAAUGA